AUGGAAAAAAAAGCAAGUUCACCGCAACAGGGCGAAAAUAGCAUUCCCGAGAAUUCCCUCCCAACGUGCGGCAGUCAUGAUAGACAUGACAGUCCCAGCGAAGUGGCGUUAUAUGAGAUAGGUGCAAACGCCAACAGGAGCAACAGCAACGAUGGACAUAUCCUUUUAAAGAAGAAAAAAAAUCAGAGAAAAUGCAAAUAUAACGCAGCUAGCGCGAUAAAGAAGGAUAUCCAAGAGGCACACCCACACCCGAGCGCGUCUAAAUAUAAACUAGUAAACUACUUUAACAACAUCAAGUACAAUUUGUCCCUUAGGAGAUAUUUUAAGAUGCUUGUCACGGUGUCCAUUUUUAACUACCUACCUCUGAACCUGCGCAACUUCUCGAACGCGGCCUACAUGUGUGGUAAACGUUUUAACCUUAAAGACGUGGAGUCGUUUAAGCUUUUUUUAAUUUUGUGCAAAUCCAAGGUGCUCUUCACGUACAGGUCGAAUUUCCGCUUAAAGAUUAGCGAUAGAAAUUAUUUCUCUAGUGAGAGUUUUUCUAGCUGUAGCAGUGCACAGAUGACCCCUUCCAUCCGCAACAACGAACCACUGACCUGCAGCACAAACAGCGGAGGGGCAGAGCAGACGAAGGAAGGCGAAGAAGAAAAAGACGACCAAAUGGGAAAUAAAAAAAAGACCAACAGGAGGAUGAAGAGGAGGAGAAAGUACUACAAAGAAAGAGUCAUCAAUUUCACAAGCCUCCCUGAACAUUUUUUUAAAAAAAUAUGCUUCGACGAAAUGGAAUAUUUCUACAUGAAUUUUGAGAGUGAUUCCAAAUCGAUUUGUGGAUCCCAUUUCAACAGAGACGAUUAUAAAUACACGAAUGAUAAUCCAUUUGGUGAGAAAAAUGACUUAUGUGGAACCGUUUCGGAGGACGAAAAUAAUAGGGACACCUCUUUCGAUAGUACAAACGAUAGCAACAAAACUGUUUUGUACUUGGAAAACUAUGGAAACAAGGGGGGGGAGGGCCAUGGAGACUCCCUCCUCUGUGAUGAAGAAGCGGAUAACCACAGCAACAGCGAAAUAUCCACCAUGAACGACACCCUCCUUGGAGUUAAGCAGCCGGAGGAUAAAAGCCCGAGUGUGUGUAAACAUUUGCCAAAUAGCUCAUCGGGUGAGGACUCCAAAAUGGUAGCAAAGCGACAAGGCAGAAAAUUGAAAAACUGCCAUUCGGAUAUGGAAAGCGUCCCCCUUGUGCAUACGCAAGUUAGCAAAAAUAAAUGCGCCAAUUUUACAAAGAGGAAAAGAACCAAAUAUACCAAAGGAGACGACACGAUAUCGAUAUACAUGAGCGAUACCGGGUGGGGGUGCAUGAUACGGGUCGUCCAAAUGGUACUAGCCAACAUACUAAUAAAGUACAAAGUUUCCAAAAAAUAUGCCUUCUUCCACAAUAUGACCGAUUACGCAUUUUAUAGAAAUUAUCUCAAAAAGGCGUCAAAUGAGCAGCACGUGGGGGGUGGACAGGGGCCCAUUAGCAGCAAAGGUGAGGAAAAUAUAAAUACCUCUAACGUAAGUUACCACGAUGAAAAGAUGGAUGCACAAAAUUGCUACGAUGAGCAGAUGAAAGAGGCCGAUUAUUUUAUAACGGACGGAAAAUCAGAUGCACCUUACUGCUAUGAUAACAACUCCACCAUGAGCACUUGUAGUAAUUUCCCCCCUACGGAGAAGUUCCAAAUUUGUGAAGGCAAAAAAGUGGAACGUCCUAACGACGGGGAUGGAACAACAUCAGGGUUAUGCACCUCCGAAUGGAUAGGUAAUGCCCCCCCAAGAAGGGAACAAAACGUAUAUCGCUAUUUUAAGAAUUACGAAAUGUUUCUAAGGAGCGGGGGGGAAAGUGCACCCCGGAUGAACAUCGACAGUAAGGACGAAGUAGAGGUCGACACAGCGCAACCCCCACACAUGAGUGCCGUUAGACACAUGCACGUGAACAAUUCACUAGCAUACUCCGUGCUGCUACAGUUCAGAGACAUGGAAAGCGCCAAAUACUCCAUUCAGAACAUCAUUUACGAAACCAUGAAGUAUAAAAAAGUUAGCCAAAAAAACAUGGAGCAUUUUGUGCAUGAGUGGCUUGGGCCCACCAGCAGCGCAGUUGUCAUAACCAACCUCAUUAACAGAAAGAAGGUCCGCUUUGUGAAAAAAAGAAAAAACAAAAUUCCGCUAAGUCGUGGAGGCUACUUAACAAGCGGUGAUCACUUCGUUGGGGAAAGUGACCCUAUCCGGGGGAGGGAGAUUACUCCUGCGGAUCGAAUCACCAACAAGAAGGAAUACUUUUUUGUAAAGCGCAAAAAAAGACAUGCCUUCUUCUCAGUCGCCUUUGACACGGGCGUAAUUUACAACAAUCAAGUGUUAAAAUUUUUUCAAAUUAAGGAGAAAAUAUUAGUCAUUAUAUGGGUGUGCCUAAAACUAGGGACUGAUUCUUUUAACAUAGUGAAAUAUAAACAGUCCCUACUUUCCUGUUUUGGCCUAAAACAGUUCCAAGGGAUAAGUAGUGGCAAUGCACAUACCAGUGCUUACUACUUUUAUGCGGCAAAUGAGAACGGCUUGUUUUACCUGGACCCCCAUAUAAAAUGCCAAAGGGCCUUCACAGACUUGAAUGAAAAUUACGAUACAGAAUUUUUCACACAGAAGAUAAAGUUUCUUCCCUGGGAGUAUUUGAAUUCGUCUUUGUCGCUGAUAUUCGUUGUGGAUUGUAAGGAGGACUAUUUAAAUUUAACUAAAAAUUUGAAAAUUAUUGAUCCAAGCAUAUUUGAAGUUUACGAUGAGGAGCCACAGUACACCUUCAGGAGUGAAUUAAACUACGACACGGACGAUUCGGGACUGGUUCUUUUGUGA